GGAAGCGCCGAUGUACGUUGACUUCACACAAGUAUGGACCACAAUGACAACGAUAUGCAGGGCACGGAGGGUCCGUUAGGUGGUCCUGAUGUCAGGAGGAGGAUACCAAUUAAACUCCUUCCCAAACAGACCAGGAUUAAACCUCUGCGACCCCAGAGACCUGCUGGACGGUUACCUUCCAAAACCAAUUCUGCUGAUGAAGAAAGCUUUAACUUCAAGCAGAAAGAGAGGUUUGAUAGCUGCUCGAAAGCAGGUGAUGCAUUUGCAAGCCAGCGACGGUUCCCACAGCAGCUGUACUGGGAUUACAAGCUAAACUUGAUUGGUGAAAAAGAUGACAUCCCAGUUCAUUUGUGUGACAAAUGUGGACUGCCAAUUAAAACAUAUGGUCGUAUGAUCCCAUGCAAACAUGUUUUCUGCUAUGAGUGUGCAUUACAUCAUGAAAGAAAGGGUGAUAAGAUGUGUCCAGGUCUAAACCUGUACAGCUGUACAGACCCAGUCCAGCGGAUUGAGCAGUCCCACCGUGGCUCGCUCUACAUGUGCAGUAUUGUUCAGGGCUGCAAACGCACAUAUCUCUCUCAGAGAGACCUGCAGGCCCACAUUAAUCACAGACAUAUGAGAUCAGGCAAGACCUCUAGCAGCCGAUCUGACCCUGUCCACCUUCCUCCUACCUCGGAGGUGCCUGAGCGCUUCCGUGUACCCCCACCUCACCUGCCCAAACCCCAUGUAAUCAUCCCUCCCCCGCUGUCUCACGGUGGUCAUGACCCUUACAGCCAGCCUUCCUCUGGCUCCCAUGAUGACCUCCGACCUCCACAAGGCCAGCCGUCUAAUUCGGCAGACAUGGGGCCGUCCCGCUCUCUCACUCAAGAGACCUUCCGCAUCUCAACGGUUACCACAAGGAAACACAGCAACCUCAUCACGGUUCCAAUCCAGGAUGAUUCAAGCUCCGGUCUCUCGCGUGAGCCACACCCUCAGCCAGGCAACGCUCCGCCUCCUCACCACCACCCUGGAGACUAUCAAGGGCAGCCUGUUGUUACCCACACACAUCACAUGAUGGCACCGCCUCAGCAGCACUAUGGGCCCCCACCUCCCCCUCCACCAAUCAGUCACCCCAUGCCACACCCAGGGCAGGGCUCCAACACACCCCAUAUGGUUUUUAACCAAGCACCCCCUCCACUGUCAUCUGUUCCCCCACCCAUUACUCCACCUCCUGGACACCACAUUGGUCAGAUGCCACCGUUUAUGAACCACCCUCCACCAGGGCCUCCCCCUCAGCACGGAGGUCACCCUGUUAAUGGCCCCCCACCCCACCAUUACAACCCCCAGUUCCCUGAGGACAAGAGCACUCUCAGUCCACCGUUCAACCAACCUGGGGGUUUGAGUCCAGGAAUGUGGCCUGCACCCCGGGGGCCCCCACCACCCCGAAUGCAGGGCCCCCCACCACAGGGACAGAUGCCUGGGCUACAUCACCCAGAUCAGGGCCGCUAUAGACCAUAUUACCAGUAAAAGGUGGUUAAUUAGUUACUGAUGAAUAAAUUGAUAUAGUAUGUAACCUGGCAGGGAUUUGAGUAUUCAUUUUUUAGUCUGAAAACUCUUAAUUGAAUAGUGAAAAUCAGGACUUGAUGGUGGUUUAAAGUCUUGUUUGUGUCAAAUAUUCAAACAUUUUGUUUUUAAUGAUUGAGCCCACACAUGCUGCAAUUUAGGGGCUUUUGUUGAUUGUUGAAUGUGUUUUUUGUUGAAUGUAAUCAUAAUUACAUAUACAAAUUAAAUGAAGCUCUUACUGUUUUAUUGACCUAGUAUUUCUCACUUAGACUGGACUUUUUAACUAAAAUAAUCAGUUUUACUAUUCAUAUGGUAAUUAACUUACAGGUCAUUCUUUUCUUCUUAAAUGGGUCAUGACACGAGGAAUCGAAUGGACCUUGGUCUUUUGACAUAAAAGAGGUCAUUGUACUAUAAAUAUAAAAUGUAAGUUUCAUAACUCAAAACUUCCUCCUCUCUGCAAAAAGAGCAUUUGUUGAAGCCAAGCUGCCAAAAGACUCAUGUACUUCCUCCACAUUGUGAUGUCACACUGUGGUAGACAUUUGCAUCUGACCGCCUCCACAACAACAUCUAUGCCUACUUUACCUUAUUCCGUGGACCCUCCCUGUAGUGGUUAGUAGUGAUGGCAAAAGGAGAGCAGGGCCUCAUUUCCCAAUAACAAUUGAUUUAAGAGUGUUUCUAUAAACCAUUGUCACUGACCUUUUUUUUUCUCAUCUCAUUUUAAUGUAUAGAGUUCUCUGCAACAAUUAUGCCACCACUUUGCUGCCAAUUUUCCACACAAAAUCUUUAUUUGUUAACUAAUUUUAACUAUUCAUACAUAUUGACUAUCCAUUUUAUUUAUUUAGUUAUUAUCAUUAAUAUUAUUAUUAGCCUUGUAGGUUUAAAAAAAGAGAGAGAAUCAUAAUCUUAUGUAUCUUGAAAUUAAUGUCUCGACAUAAAGCUUUAGGUAUUUACAGAUUUUCUCAAGUGCUUACACUAUAAACAAUUCCAUGAUGGAGAAGAGGGCACAACAUUGUUGGCCACCGGGUAAUUGUCGAUGUUCUGGGUAAGUGUGGCGGCAGUGUAACAAUGUGUGCUGCCGUCAUCCACCAAGGAGUAGUCCACUGCCAAGGCAUCUUGGGCCCACAAUGACACACAUCUUCUUGAUGAUCUCUGAGAUUGUUUGAGCAAGAACAGAUACAGCCAGGCCAGUAUUUGGGGGUACUUCCCCAGCUGACUGGACAGGGCUAGCAUUGCAUGUGAUGUUGAUGAGGUUCUUUGGUCUGACCCAGCCCAGCGGCAAGAUUCUCAGGAACAAUAAAUGUGACUUUCUAAACACUUCAACUGUUUUUUUUCUCCUCUCUUGCCGUUACAGUAAUGUACCAAAAAAGUGUAAUACUUUAUGUUACAAUAGCUUUGGGAAAUGGGCCGCAA